GUUGGCCCAGAUUCAACAGAGGUCGCUGAACAACCAUCCCAACCCCAGAGCCAGGGCAUAGACUGCUACAGACCAGGAGAGAAGGAUAUCUCACCAUCACAUGAAUUGGAUCACCCUCUUUCAAGCAUGACAUCUGUUGAUGAAGAGGCAGAGCAAUUACAUGAUGACAUCACCAUGCCUCCUCAAGUGUAUUUGUCAAUGGACAUGUCAGAGUCCAUUGUUCCCCCUGAAGUGAGACCCAAACCUGCUGUCCCUGCCAAGCCCCCUCAUGUGUCAGCACCAUCCCCCACAGCACCCCAUGGACCAUCAGGGCUAGGAGGCGGGGUCGGGGUUGAUCGAGUUCCAGGGUCGGGUCACUCGGGCGGUGGAUCCACGUUGCUGGGAUACAUUGGGAUUGACACCAUCAUCGAGCAGAUGAGGAAGAAGACCAUGAAGGCUGGUUUCGACUUCAAUAUUAUGAUAGUGGGUCACAGCGGGCUGGGGAAGUCAACACUGGUGAACACGCUGUUCAAGUCCCAGGUCAGCAGGUGGAGCUCAGGAUGGGGCGGCGAGCAUAAGAUCCCCAAGACAGUGGAGAUCAAGGCUGUGUCCCAUGUGAUCGAGGAGGGUGGAGUGAAGAUGAAGUUGACAGUAAUCGACACACCAGGUUUUGGUGAUCAGAUCAACAAUGAAAACUGCUGGGAUCCUAUCUCCAAGUACAUCAACGAGCAGUAUGAGAAGUUCCUGAAGGAAGAGGUCAAUAUUGCUCGAAAGAAGCGCAUCCCCGACACCAGAGUUCACUGCUGCCUCUACUUUAUCUCCCCAACUGGACACUCUCUUCGAAAGCUGGACAUUGAGUUUAUGAAGCACUUAAGUCGCGUGGUGAACAUCAUCCCCGUCAUCGCCAAGUCUGACACCAUGACCCUUGACGAGAAGAAUGAGUUCAAACACAGGGUGAGGAAGGAGCUGGAGACGUAUGGGAUUGAGUACUACCCGCAGAAUGAGUUUGAUGAUGAUAUGGAGGAUAAGAAUGAAAAUGAUAAGAUUAGGGAGGCCAUGCCCUUUGCGGUGGUGGGCAGCGACAAGGAGUACCAAGUGAACGGCAAACGGGUUCUGGGGAGGAAGACAGCCUGGGGUGUGGUAGAAGUUGAAAACCCCAAUCACUGCGAAUUUGCACUGCUACGAGAUUUCCUCAUCAGGUCUCACCUCCAGGACCUGAAGGAAGUCACCCACAACAUCCACUAUGAAACCUACCGCGCCAGGAGACUCAACGACAACGGAGGUCUGCAUCCCAUCUCCUCCAACAACACUCAAGAGAGCAACCUUUAAAUUUAGGACUCGGGAUUAAGGAAAGAGAGAGAUAAACAGAGAGAUAAAAAGAUAUUGAUAGACAAAUCUAUGUUGUGAUAUGAGCAUCACUGCAUGCUUUGGAGAACAUUAUAGAUGUGGAAUUCAUUGUCACUCAAAAUAUCAUGUUAGGAGAGCUUUCAUUCCAAAACACGUCCUACGUCUCCCUUUCCUCCGCCCAUCAUCCUAAACCACCCACACUCACAUCCGAGUUACACCUUUGAUCCAGCAAUCCAAAACAAGGCCAACCCAAGUGUUUCCCCUAUAUGCAUUUAGCAGCGGCGCAAUAAUCGUCGCUGCCACUGCAAAACAUUUUUUGUUAUUUUUGUUAUAAUGUAGAUGUGUAGAUGUAUGCUACAGGAAGAACCCAUCCGCCGCCCCCUGCAGGAAGACCCAAAGAUGACCCCAUCCACCCCUUCCACCCCCCGCUAACUCUGCCACCGUUGCUGAAACAAAUCUUAGGGGAAACACUACAACCCAAAGCAUUUUGGGAUUGAAGGGAAUGAAUGAAAUGAAGUACUUCAAAUUCGAGGGAAUUCCCUUUAUUCAUAAAAAAUGGAUUUUAUUUUUCCGCUCGCCUUGUGCUCCACUCAUCCUUGCCCUGUAAGUAUACAGUAUGUUAUGUAGCUGCCACUAUAAUAAUUGAUUUUGUGCUUAAAUCCUUUAUGACGGGGCUGGUACAUAAGUACCUCAGAACUUCCACCGAAGCAUUGUGACGUAAAUAUAAAUUGACAAACAAAGAGCUUUUUUAUUUACAAUAUAGCUAUUUUGUCACUUUAUCUUUAAAUUGCACAAAAAUAUAGAAAUCACAGUCUGAAAUGUUCUUUACCAUACAUAACUUUUGUGUGCUUUUCUGAAAGCGCUGAUGUCAAAGUGAUGUGCCAAUUAUAUUUUAUACCGGCCUUCCUUCUCUCUGCCACAUGAGGGCAGUGCUUCCCUGCGCAUUCUCACCCUGUGACAGGAAAGGCCUGGGUAUGGUUUACUCAUAGACUUAGAUAAACAUCUCUUUUGAGUCCUCUAUCUAUCUCUAUGGUUUACUUCACUUCCUCCUAUUCACUCCCUCCACUUCAUCUGGUGACCCAUGCCCAGUGCAUGUUUACAAGAAGUCCUCCAUUACUAGAGUGAUCAUUCCAAAUAUAACCGAUCAGUUAUGACAUGGUAAUGUUUACCAAGGUUUCUUACGGAAAUCACCCUUCGAUAGUGUUCUAUUAUGCACUAUUUACGAUAGAGCACAGGUAUUCCAGAAGUAGCCUAAAAACAAUUCAGUUUCACUAUAUUUAUCGAACAAUUCACUUUUGAUCUAAACUGUAUCUUAAAAGGGGUUUCCCUGCAAAAGUUUUAUACAAUCAUACAGUGUGUAUGUGUGUUUGUAUGUGUGUGUGAGUGAGAAGUGACUCAGUUUGGUGUCUAACGUUUGGAAAUGUGUAGUUGUAUAUCUUUAGUGUGGUUUUAGUGAAGACGUUUUUCAAGGAACAAUUUAAAUAGUACAAAAAAACACUUGUUUCUAUACAGUGUUUUUAUGUGUGCAUGUCAGGUCCUUUUGUCCUUCUGUCAUUUUCAUUUAAGGAUAUCCCCAGCUCACAAUACAUUAACCAUUUUUGAACGUGGUGUGUACAUCAAUCAACCACUAAUAACAAUACAUCACUGAAACUCCCGUAACUCAAAUCAUUCCACAUCUCUUAAAAACAGCAGUGAAACUUUCGGCUGUGACUUUCCUCUUAUCGUUUGAUUUAAAACCCACUUUUCUUAAAAGUUGUUGUGAUACACUGAGAUGUAAUUUCAGUAUUGCAUUCGUUAUUUAUAUAUUCAUGUAUUAUUUAUAGUAAUUUAUUAUUUAUUUAAUAAAAAUACUUUUGCCAUCUCUUGA